AUGACUGGACUCAUCCUGACCACCCCCAGCAGCUGGAGUCUGGACAGUGGCACCAGAGAGGUGUUGCCGUUCCUGUCCGCCCACGUUGGGAGUGUGAUGGCCCCACCUAUCCCGCCCCGCAGCCUGCCCCACGGACACUUCUCCAUGCACUUUGAUGCUUUCCACCACCAGAUCAGCGACCUCCCUCCAGCUCUCCCUGCGCGCUCCUCUUUACGAAAGUCAGCCUUGCACCCUAUACCUGCCUCGCCCACCAGUCCCCAGUCCCAGUCCGGCCUGGAUGGCAGUAACUCUACUCUCUCCGGUAGCGCCUCCUCCGGCGUCUCCUCCCUGAGCGAGAGCAACUUCAUGGGCCAGUCAUGUUCCACCGAGUCCCAUGGAACAACCAGACACCCAGCAGAUGCCCUGGACACUGUCUCCGUCACCCCCAGCAUGGCACACUCUACCUGGGCCACGGACGGAGAGGACCUGGGCAUGGACUCCCCCUCUGGUUCCUACCUGCCUGUGCGCUACAGUGUCUCUGAGUCAGAGGUCCUGGAUGGCUCCAAGCCCCCUCCCUGUCGUAGCCACUCCUCUCCUGGGGUGAUCACCCCACUCAUCACCAAUAUCGUGGUUCCAAUCAGCCCUGUCCUCCCAGAGGCCCAUACCCUUAACAUCCAGAACCUGCCCCACUACCGCCACCAGCCUCCGCCCGCCCUGCCCCCCAAGCCCUACCUGAGAGAGGGGUGUAUUCCUGAGGAGGAGGGGUGUAUUCCCGCCAGGCCCAUGCCCAUGCCACGCAAGAUCUCUCAGCCUCUCAUCACCUCUAGGGAAGAGCAGGCCAAAGUGGCGUGGGAGCACGGCAUCGCCGAAGAGUGAAGAGGAGGCCUGGGGGUGUAUUCAGACAGUGAUGUGAAACAUUCUGAACGUUUCAGAUAGAAAUAGAUUAGAUAGAGCGGACACACAUGAUUUCCCCUUAUUCUUUCUGACAGACAAUCAUAUAUGUUCUACAUUUAAAUAUAUUUAUAUCUGAACGUUCUGUAAUGUUACAUUCUCCUGAACUGGCACUUGGUUGGUCGAGGCAUGGUUGGUCGAGGCAUAGUGGCACAUUUGUUUGUUGUUUUGGCUCUGUAGUCUAGCACUUUGAAUUUAUAAUGAUACAAUGACUAUGAGGUUAAAGUGCACUUUGCUUACAGCGCUCAAUGUACAUAGUCCCCCCAUUUUAAGGGAUUAAAAGUAUUGGGACAAAUUCACUUAUAUUUAUUACA